AUCCGCCAUAGACGCGGAUACAUAGUUUUUGACAACACCACACCAUCCAUCACCCCUCUUGCCUUUUGCUUGACCAUCCUCUUUCGCUACAUAGACCCCGGCCAACCUUACUCGGCAAAUUAACUACAUUGCUGUUAUUAAUACCUAUACCACAUACGCAUCGCAUCAUGGUGACCAAGCGUGAAGAUACGACCUUACAUCUACCGCGCAUCCUCUGUUUGCAUGGCGGCGGAACCAAUGCCCGUAUCUUUAGGGCCCAAUGUCGCGUAGUGUCACGGACGCUAGAGCCUUAUUUCCGCAUGGUUUAUGCCGAGGCGCCUUACGAGUCUGGCGCCGGCCCGGACGUGCUUUCGGUCUAUGCAGAGCACGGGCCAUUCAAAAGGUGGCUCCGUUGGCUUCCCGAGCAUCCGGAAUUAGAAGACGACGGUGCUAUUGCAGACAUUAACGCCUCUCUGAAAGACGCUAUGGAUGCCGACGACCGCGCGGGUGCCACCGGUCCCUGGGUCGGGCUUCUCGGAUUUAGCCAGGGUGCUAAGAUUGCCGCAAGCAUAUUAUAUCGACAGCAGAUCCGAUCCGAGAAGCUGGGGCCGGCGAAGGCGGGUUCGGACUGGAAGUUUGCCGUGCUCAUGGCCGGACGAGCACCCAUAGUGAACUUAGACCCCGAAGUAUUCACGUCAUCUAUGUUAAGCCGGGCGUCACAGGUCGGCCUCACAGGUGCGCCAGACCUAAUGGAAAUGAUAAGCGGGAACCACGUCUUAAAGCUUCCGACCAUCCACGUUCACGGGCUGAGCGACCCGGGUUUGAAUCUGCAUCGCGAAUUAUUCGAAGAGUACUGCGAUCCAGGGACUGCUAGAUUGGUUGAGUGGGAUGGUGCGCAUAGGGUGCCACUCAAAGGAACUGACGUACAGCCGUUGGUAGAGCAGAUAUUAGAUGUUGCAAGAAAGGAGGGUGCCUUGAAACGUUGAUAGAUCUCCUUAUCGCAAUUAUGGGUGCGGUACAGGGGCGGCCAUGAAACUUCCUAAUGCUAAGAUGAGGAUUAAUUUCAUACCCUACACCUAAUUGGAAUAGAGGGGAUAUCAUCCGAAGAUUGGUAUUGCCACCAGAGUAGACUUGGACAAACCAACACCAACAGUCAGGGGACAUCAGAUAUGACACAUAGAGGCAACAUGGAAACGUGAUGAUUAACUACACAUGUCUUGCCUGCGUAUACCGAAUGAUACCUGCCUGGGCAAUGACUGCAGGCUUCCUUUCAGUGGCAUGUACUUACGUUACAGUGAAAUAUACGUAAUUCCUCCCUAGAUAAAAUGUCGACUAAUAAGGAACUC